UGUUUUUGCACUCUGCUUCGCCUCAUUUUCUGGCUAACAAACCCUGACACUCCUUCUUCUCCGCUUCCUCUUCGAUCAUCGCUUCAGAAUGCCGCCGAAGUUCGACCCCUCCCAGAUCGUCGACGUCUUCGUACGCGUCACCGGCGGUGAGGUCGGCGCGGCGAGUUCCCUCGCCCCGAAGAUCGGUCCCCUCGGUCUCUCCCCCAAGAAGAUCGGAGAAGAUAUCGCCAAGGAAACCGCCAAGGACUGGAAGGGCCUCCGCGUCACCGUCAAGCUCACCGUGCAGAACCGUCAGGCCAAGGUCACGGUGGUCCCAUCCGCCGCCGCGCUCGUCAUCAAGGCCCUCAAGGAGCCCGAGCGCGACCGCAAGAAAACGAAGAACAUCAAGCACAACGGCAACAUCUCGCUAGACGACGUCAUCGAGAUCGCUAGGGUUAUGAGGCCGAGGUCAAUGGCGAAGGACCUCAGCGGCAGCAUUAAGGAGAUUCUCGGGACGUGCGUCUCCGUCGGAUGCACCGUUGAUGGAAAGGAUCCCAAGGACUUGCAGCAGGAGAUUACCGAUGGUGAUGUUGAGGUCCCUCUCGAUUAAGGAGGAAGGCUUUGUUACUCUCUUUCUCUCUUUUUCUUUUGUCUUUCUUCAGAUCGUUUCGUGUUCUUUUUAAUAUAAAUUUGGGGGAACUAUCGAACGUUUUGUUUAAGGUUAUUUUACCGCUUUGGAUAAUUUAGAUGAUGGUUUCGAGAGAUAUUAUUAUUAUGGGCUGAUUAGUUUCUUUCUCUGCUCACAUUAUGAUAUUUUUUCGAUAUAAUUUUGUUAAUGGAUUUUAGCAUUUAUGCGUAUA